AGCGUUUUGCACUCUUAAAGCACAAUGCCAGGUGUUGGCGUAAAGUAAUUUAAUUAUUUAAGCAUAAAGUUAAAAUACAGAAGUGUAAGACAAUCAAGCCAGAGCUAUGAAGCUACCAGAACAAAGCCGUUUCGCAAUCUACGCGCUUGGCAUCUUCUUUUCCUACUUUCUAUACGGCAUCGUCCAGGAGAAGCUGACCCGUGGCCGUUAUGGAGAUCAGGUGCAGGCCGAUGGCAAUGUUGGCGAGCGUUUUACCUUCACCUUGGCUCUUGUCUGGGUGCAGUGCUUCUGUAAUUAUCUGUUUGCCAAAGGAAUGCUGUCGGUGAAGCCACAGAAGGAGGACACCACACACACGGGCUAUUAUGCGACCAGCUCCCUCACAUACCUGUUGGCCAUGGUAUCCACGAAUAUGGCGCUGCGCUGGGUGCCUUAUCCCACAGCAGUUGUGGGCAAAUCGGCGAAACCGAUUCCUGUCAUGAUUCUGGGCGUGCUGAUUGGACGCAAAUCAUACAGCUGGACACGUUAUGCCUGCGUGCUGACAAUUGUUCUCGGCGUUGUGCUCUUUAUGUUCAAGGAAAGCAAGGUGUCCAAUCUGCCCACAGAGACAACGGGCUUGGGUGAAUUGCUGCUCUUCCUCAGCCUGACCAUGGACGGACUUACUGGUGCCGUGCAGGAGCGUAUGCGUGCCGCCAGUGCACCCUCGGGCCAGCAAAUGAUGCUGUCCAUGAACUACUGGAGCACACUGAUGCUCACCGUGGGCAUGAUUGUGACAGGUGAAGGCAUCGAUUUCAUACACUUUGCCAUGCUACACUCAGAGGUUUGGAUACACAUGGCGAUGAUUGCUUUCUGCGGUGCUAUGGGUCAGCUUUUCAUCUUUCUGAUGGUGGCCAGCUUUGGGCCAUUGGCCUGCUCGGUGGUGACCACCACACGGAAAUUCUUCACCGUCCUCUGUUCCGUGCUGCUGUUCGGCAAUGUUUUGAUAGCUCGUCAAUGGCUUGGCGCUGUUUUAGUAUUUGCGGCGCUUUUUACGGACAUGCUGUUUGGAAAUAAGAAGUCGGCGGCAACUAGCAAGAAACCGCCUGGCGAUGGCAAGCUUAAGGACGAUCAAGCUGCUAGAAAACUGAUUUCAUAGAAUUUAUUAUAUUAUAUUAUUCGCUGCAAAAAUAGUUUAAAUUUAGUCUGCGCUGCAAAACGUACAAAAGUGAAAUGUUCGUAAAUGCAUAACCAUUUCAUUUAAAGCUAAAUUUUAUUUAUUUAUAAGUAAAAUUAGUUUUAGAACUCAAAA